UGGUCCCAGGCUGCGGAGAGCGGCCGGCGGCGCUCGCGCUGGACGAGGAGUUGCAGGAACCGUGGGCCUUAUUUGGAUUUCGGGGAUGAGCGGCUCCUUGUGUUGUGGACGUGGGGCCCAGCCAGGUGGUUUGUGGACUUCUUCUCCAGGGAGGACACCUCAUCCAGGACCAUGAUGCCACUUCCCCAUCGUCUGGGUGCUGCUUGACCCCUUGUCUAAGCUAAUGCUGUGGGAUCCCUUGUCUCUUGUGGAGGAAUCCAGCUGACUCUUGGCAUGAGGCCCCUGCGUUGCAGGGGUUGAGAAAGACACCCCAUGGCAUCUCUGGAUGACCCAGGAGAAGUGAGAGAGGGCUUCCUUUGCCCUUUGUGCCUGAAGGACCUGCAGUCUUUCUAUCAGCUGCAGUCACACUAUGAGGAAGAGCACUCCGGGGAAGACCGUGAUGUCAAAGGGCAAAUUAAAAGUCUUGUCCAGAAAGCUAGGAAAGCAAAGAACAGGCUGUUGAAACGGGAAGGAGAUGAUCGAGCUGAAUCAGGCACCCAAGGAUACGAGUCUUUCAGCUAUGGAGGGGUCGAUCCUUACAUGUGGGAACCCCAGGAGCUUGGUGCUAUGCGAAGCCAUCUUUCUGACUUCAAAAAACACCGAGCUGCCAGAAUUGACCACUAUGUCGUUGAAGUCAAUAAAUUAAUAAUCAGGUUAGAGAAGCUGACCGCGUUUGACAGAACAAAUACCGAGUCUGCGAAGAUCCGAGCAAUAGAAAAGUCCGUGGUGCCUUGGGUCAACGACCAGGACGUCCCUUUCUGUCCGGACUGCGGGAAUAAGUUCAGCAUCCGCAGCCGCCGCCACCACUGCCGCCUCUGCGGGUCUAUCAUGUGCAAGAAGUGCAUGGAGCUCAUCAGCCUUCCCUUGGCGAACAAGCUCACCAGUGCCAGCAAGGACUCCCUGAGCACUCACACCAGCCCCAGCCAGUCACCCAGCAGCGUCCACGGCUCCCGCCGGGGCAGCAUCAGCAGUGUGAGCAGCGUGAGCUCCGUGCUGGAUGAGAGGGACGACGACCGGAUCCGCUGCUGCACACACUGCAGGGACACGCUCCUCAAGAGGGAGCAGCAGGUCGACGAGAAGGAGCGCGCGCCCGGCGUCGUGAGGCUCUACGAGAAAUUACGGCUUUGCAUGGAGAAAGUUGACCAAAAAGCUCCUGAAUACAUCAAGAUGGCAGCAUCGUUAAAUGCCGGAGAGACAACCUACAGUCUGGAACAUGCCAGUGAGCUUAGAGUGGAAGUGCAGAAAGUGUAUGAGCUGAUAGACGCAUUAAGUAAGAAGAUCUUAACCUUAGACAUCAAGCAGGACCCGCCGCCACAUCCGAACACUCUGCGGCUGCAGAGGAUGAUCAGAUACUCGGCUACACUGUUUGUGCAGGAAAAGUUGCUUGGUUUGAUGUCACUGCCGACCAAAGAGCAGUUUGAGGAACUGAAACAGAAAAGGAAGCAGGAGAUGGAGCUGAAGAGGAUCCUGGAGAGGCAGGCUGCCCUGGAAUCCCAGCAGAGGCUUGAGGAGAGGCGGAGUGACCUGGCGGCCCGCGCGACCAACGGGGAGGUGGCGCCCGCUCGCAGGGGUCCUGCUCCGCUGAGGAAGGCUGAGGGCUGGCUCCCGCUGGCGGAAGGCCAGAGGCAGAGCGAGGACCCGGACCCCCUCCUGCAGCAGAUCCGCAACAUCACGUCCUUCAUCCGGCAGGCCAAGGCUGCGGGCCGGGCGGACGAGGUGCGCACGCUGCAGGAGAACCUGCGCCAGCUGCAGGACGAGUACGACCAGCAGCAGACGGAGAAGGCCAUCGCGCUGUCCCGCAGGCAGGCCGAGGAGGAGGGCCUGCAGCGCGAGCAGCUGCAGGUGCUGCGGGAGCGCGAGCGCGAGCGCGAGCAGGGCCAGGUGGCCUCUCUGCACACGCGGACUCGGUCCCUGGACUUCCGGGAGAUCAGGCCUUUUCAGCUGGAGCCGGGCAGAGAGCCGCGCACCCACCUCGCUCACGCUUUGGAUCUGGGCUCUUCCCCAGCUCAGAGCGGCACUGCCACCAAGACCUCUCCAGCCAGCUCGGCUCCCGAGCCCUUCCGAGGGUGGUCUGGGCCCCCAGCCCUGGGCCAGGAGUUCCUGCCCCAGAGCACUGCGUCGCAGCGCAGUGAGGCGCCCUCCCUGAAUCCCUUCGAUGAGGAAGAAGACCUCGCCAGCCCCUCAGCCGAGGGCACGGCCAGCCCUCCUGCUCCAGAGCCUUCCCUCAGCCUGCCAGCCCGCGUGCUCAGAGAGUACAACCCUUUUGAGGAAGAGGAGGAAGAGGAGGCUGUGGCGGGGAAUCCCUUCGCUAAGCCAGACGGCCCCGCCCCCAACCCUUUCGAGGAGGAAGAUGAGCCCCCCCCGCGGACACCCGCAUCGCCCCCUGUCCCUGGCAACCCCUUCGAGGAGGCCCCCUGCACCAACCCCUUCGAGGAGGAGAGCAACGGGCAGGAGGGCGCCGAGCCCAUCGAGGAGGAGCUGCUGCUCCAGCAGAUCGACAACAUCAAGGCGUACAUCUUCGACGCCAAGCAGUGCGGCCGCCUGGACGAGGUGGAGGUGCUGACCGAGAACCUGCGGGAGCUGAGGCGCACCCUGGCCAAACAGAAGCGGGGCACCGACUGA